AUGUUCCGGAAGUUGGCAGUCUCUGCUGUUAUUUGGCUAACCUGGUUAGCUGCCGAUACAAUUCAUGCACAUCCAACGGAGUCAGCUGCUGAUGCCGGUCAGUUCAAAUGCACUGAUAAGUCUUUUUCAUCCUAUUUUGCCCAAAAUUUAAUAGUUAACCUUGUUUCAGAUUCAGUGCAGCAGGAAGUACGAAAAUUUUACGGUAGUUUGAAUGCAGAAGAAAAAGCACAGCUGAAGCAUUUCGCCAAAAUGAAUGCUGCUAACUUCUCACUGACCGAUAACCAGUUUAUGGAUAGCCUUAAGGACGAAGCAGCUGGAUUAUUCGGUAAGCUAAGCGGUUUCAGAGAUGCUGUCAAUGCAAAGCUGGAUACGAUGCAACCGGAAAGUCGAGUUUUUAUUGAACAGGUUCUUCGGAAAUUUUUGGCAGCUUUUAGUCAAGACGGCAUAAUGAACAUUCUGGAUGCAAUGAAAGGUCUUGGAAAACAGGUUCUGGACAUGUAUGAUGGUUUGGAAAAGCCAACCCAGCAAGACGUGCUAAAGGCCUUUCCAACUAUCGGAUCAUUCGCCACUAGUGAUGUUGUUCGUUUGAUAUUGCAAAAAGUAGCGGAAUUUGAUUUAGUAUCAAGAACAUGGACACCGGCACCGACUGUGGACCUCGAAGGCGACGAUUCGGGAAAGCAACCACCGAAAAAGUCACGGCACCAUUCACCAGACCCGGAGCCAGUUGAUCUCACAGACGAAACAGAUUCGGAUCAUCAGAGGAAGAAGGGAGCGAGAACAACCGCGUUGUACCCUCAAGUUGGUGAUGAUGAGCCGAUGCAUGUAAAGGAACUCGUCAAAACCAAAUAA